AUGGUGAAUCAUUUCGUAAUUAUUGAAUUUUACACGUACACUGUACAAGGAGCUAUUAUUGCUCUACCAAAUGGUUUAUUGACGUAUAAAAUGCUAACGAAGAGAUCGUUACGAAAAAGCUAUUCGAUUAUUCUUUGGCAGGUAUUUGUGAAUGCCUUUUUGGGCGUAACGCAACUGAUAGCUGGAGUGAUUCGUCUCACUAUAUUGUAUAGCACUAAUCAGCAGGAAUAUCGAAGUAGAAGUUUCUGUAUCCUGAUGCCGUGGAACUUGAUGUCAUCUUGGGGGGAACCAAUGGUUGCGAUAUGCUUAUUGAUGGUCAGUAUAGACCGUCUUAUUGCAUUGAUAGCGCCGAUCACUUACUUUAAGCAUAGUUCACAACUUCAGAGCGUUCAAUUAAUUGCGUGGAAUUUGUUCUUACUUUCAAUCACAUUACCGAAUUGGUAUUUUUCUUUGGUGGAAACGAAUGUGUUCAUCAGUAAUUUUUGUUGGUGA